AUGCACCUUCUUCCUGAAUGUCUAAAUGCUGUGAAAUACCCUGCCUUUUGGGAAAGUACAAGUGAGCCUUCGCUUAAAAAAUUUUUAGAUUUUCGACUUUCUGCUGGCAAUUUAGAAGACAUGAAAACCGAGUAUAAUCGCUACAAGAAAGAACUGAAUGAAAUCAGUAAAUUCUACACUGAAGUAUCCGAGUUUGGACAGAAAGUGCAAAAGUGGAAAACUGCUUUUAAGGCAAUGGGAACGACUGCUUGUCUGUUGGUGAAGUAUACUCCACGAACCACCUUGAGACCCUUAGUACAAUUGAGUACAUCAACUACUCUACAACCUGUGGCGCUUGGAAGUAAACGGUCAUCAAUAAUAAAGCGUUUUUGGGAAUUUCAAAAUGAAAGACAAAAUAUUGUAGCGAGAAACAAUUUACAAGAAGAACAGGCAAGGAUGAAAAUUCAGGAGUUGCAGACAAACCAACAUAUAACCGUUGCUACGGUGGCGACAGAACAAAUUCAAAAAUAUGCCACGUCAACUACCACCAGCAUCGCGAAGAGGUUCCUCGAUAAUAGCAACGAAAGAACAUCAAAACGUAACAGAACUCAUAAGGAUAGUAAUAAUGAUGAUGAUAACGAAGAUAAUCCUUUUUGGGUACCAGGUGAAAAAUCAUCCAUUUCCCAAGAUCAACUCUCUUCUGAUGAUAAUCCUUUUUUGAUAUCAGGAUCAAAUGAUGAAUUCGAAAUAGUAACAGAGUUAGGGAAUUUAGAUGAGGUGCAAAAUGAAGAAAGUGGAGUAAAAACACUGUCUCCCUCGUCACGAAAUUAUAAUGAAGAUACAAUUUUUCUUACUCCAAAUAAACGACAGAUGAAUGAUGGAAGGAUUGUUCAGUAUCUUAAUGUCAUGAGACAAUUAUUGAAACAUGAUCGAGUUGUAGUUCAAAAACCAUCUGUAUGGACGGAGUCUUUAAAUAUUUAUAUUGAUAAUAAAUUGAGAAAUAAUUUUAAGUCGGAAAUAAUGCAAAAAAUUGAUGGUGAUGAAAACAACACGUUUCGCCUUUAUUGUGAAAAGAUAUUAAUGGACUUCUACAAUAUGGUCGAUAUAUUUCCUAAUUUGUCAAGAAAAAUUGGAGAACGAAAGUAUAUCGUUCAAAACAUUUCUUCUUUGUUCAAAUUUUAUGAAGUCACAUUUGGUAAUAUGUGUUUUGAUUGGAUCGAAUCACAUUCACCAGCAUCAAAAUUAACGAAAACACCUACAAACUCUGGUAUUGUUAAGGUUGAUGUAAGAGGUGUCCGGUUAUUCGAUGAUAAAGAAAUUUUUCACGUAGAAGUAUCUGGUCCGCCAUCGCCACCAUCACAUGAUCACGCUGUUAACGAUACAAAAAAAUCUCUACAUACUGAUAUUUUAAACCUAAUUGCGAUCCUGCUUGAUCACCUUCGAAUUCCAGUAGAAAAUGCAACUGAAAUUAAAGUUUUUAGUUUACAAGUGAUUGAUGGCACUUUUCUGACGUCUGAACUAUAUUCUACAUUGUUACCAUUUUCACUUGAUGCCAUAUCGAAGUACAAGGGAAUUCUUUAUCUGAUGGCAAUUUUUCAUGAAGAAAUCAUGAAACAAAUUUCAAUUAUGAAAAAUCUUGACCUAAUAGUCGAUAAUAAUGGAAGAAAUAUAGUUCGGGAUGUGUUAAAAAUUCCAAAAGCUUUGAAGGACCUUCUACUUUAUGAAAAAUAA